UGCACCACUCAAAUCUCGCCAAAAGCAAAAAACAAGUUUGAAUUAUGCAUUUAAAAUGGCAUGCAGUCAUGAGAGAUCUGAUUAUCCGAUCAUGAUCAAAAGUUUUCAAAUUUAAAACAGCAGAAAUGAAAUGAUACAAGCAAACUUGUUUUAAAUUCAGAUCAUCGAAUCUUGAUCGAACGACUAGAACUCUCUAUCAUAAUCCAAAUCCAAACAAAAACAAUCUCUCUCUCUCUCAUCACAGUUGAAUUGCACCACCGAUGGACCAAUCUCUUUCCUCCUCCUCCUCUUCUCCGAUCCAAUUCAACCUCCCACCACUCUCUCUAAGCCUCUUCGACGGCGAACCAUCAUCCUCCGAACAACAAAACGAAGUCUUUCAUGGAUCUACUCCCUCCAAACACUCCUCCGAACCUUCAAGUCCUACCAGUAGCGGUUACGCUGCCGAAAGAGGUAGCGCCAGCAGCACCGCCACAAGUGUGUCUCAUGUUGAUGAAGAUUCCAUUUCUCAUGAAAUUCAAGAAAUGAAUAUUCAUCAUCCUCCACCCUCAGUUUCUAAUGAUUCGCAUGAUUCUUGUUUUCCUGAUGAACGACAUCUUGAUGAGGAUGAUGCUUCCAUAUCAUGGAGGAAAAGGAAGAAGCAUUUUUUUGUUCUGAGUCAUUCCGGAAAACCAAUAUACUCUAGGUAUGGAGAUGAACACAAGCUUGCUGGUUUUUCAGCAACUUUGCAAGCAAUCAUUUCCUUUGUUGAGAAUGGGGGUGACCGUGUCAAAUUGGUGAAGGCUGGAAAGCAUCAGGUGGUUUUUCUUGUGAAAGGACCGAUUUACUUAGUCUGCAUCACCUGCACAGAAGAGCCAUACGAGUCCCUAAGAAGGCAAUUGGAUCUCAUUUAUGGACAGAUGAUUGUUAUACUUACAAAGUCAGUAAACAAAUGUUUUGAGAAGAAUCCUAAGUUUGAUAUGACGCCCUUGCUUGGUGGAACAGACACUGUCUUCUCUUCGCUGAUCCACUCUUUUAGUUGGAAUCCAGCUACAUUUCUUCAUGCCUAUACUUGUCUGCCUCUUGCAUAUGCAACAAGGCAAGCUGCUGGUGCCAUCUUGCAAGACGUUGCUGAUUCCGGGGUUCUGUUUGCAAUACUGAUGUGUAGACACAAGGUAAUCAGUCUAUUUGGUGCUCAGAAAGCCUCUCUUCAUCCAGAUGAUAUGCUGCUACUGGCCAACUUUGUUAUGUCCACAGAGUCCUUUAGGACCUCAGAGGCAUUUUCCCCUGUUUGCUUGCCAAGAUACAACCCUUUAGCAUUUUUGUAUGCUUAUAUCCAUUAUUUUGAUGAUGACACAUACUUGAUAUUGCUGACAAAUAAUUCUGAUACAUUUUACCAUCUCAAGGAUUGCAGGAUUCGUAUUGAGUCGGUCCUUUUGAAGUCAAAUGUCCUUGCGGAAGUUCAGAGAUCCUUGCUUGAUGGUGGAAUGCAUGUUGAUGAUCUGCCACCCUUAUCUCGUUCUGGAUCAUCUCCUCAUUUGGGCCAGGAUAGGCUUCAACCAGAUUCUCCUGAUAGAUUGAGAGAAUCUAAUUCUGUUGUUGGUGGCGUUGCUGGUUUGUGGCAUUUCGUAUAUCGUAGCAAAUAUCUGGAUCAGUAUGUAUGUUCAGAGUUCUCACCACCUAUAAACACUCCUCAGCAGCAGAAAAGAUUGUUUAGAGCGUACCAGAAGCUUUUUGCAUCCAUGCAUGAUAAAGGAAUUGGGCCACACAAAACUCAGUUUAAAAGGGAUGAAAACUAUGUUCUGCUCUGUUGGGUAGCUCAGGAUUUUGAACUUUAUGCUGCAUUUGAUCCCCUUGCAGACAAGGCCUCAGCAAUAAAGACGUGCAACCGGGUAUGUCAAUGGGUUAAAGAUGUCGAAAAUGAAUUAUUUUUGCUAGGAGGUAGCCCUUUUUCAUGGUGAUUUCCUAUCAAAUACUGUAAACAUGUAAGAGAAAGUAUUUAAUAAAAGUUUUAUAAAGUUUAUUCUUUAUUAUUUCAUGUAGUUUCUUAUGAAAAUAUUUGGAUGUUAAAUCAGUAUACAGUGUGUCUAUUACUAUACCUUGUGUUAUUCUUAUAAUAACAUCACCAGCUCUGUGAGAGUAAAGGAAUUAAAGAUGGUGACAUGAUUUCUGCACAUGCAUUAAUAUGACGACUUUUAUUUGGAGGAGCCCAUUGGAAUAGAUGGUUAUUUAUAACAUAUUUGAAAAAGCAGUUGUAUGGUACAAAUCUUAACUCUAUUUUAUAGAGCACUAUUUCUUCUCCUCUUCACUUCUGAUUCGAAACACUUUUUUGACUGUAAAAUCAUGACUGAUUCAAAACAGAGUGUUUGCAGAUGAACCAUAGUAUGGUUGUAACACUACUUCCUUUUUUGGGGUGGUGUCAAAUUACACUUCUUCAUAGUUAGAUCUAAAUCUUGUAUAUUUGUUUAUGUUUAUUGAAUCUUUCUCCA